AGAGCGGGGCUGCGCCCGCCGCCGCCGCCGGGGAAGCUGGGUGCGGAGACGGCCGAGAUGGUGGAGGACGGCGGCGAGGAGGAGGCGGAGGGGGAGAGCGGGGAGGGGCCGGCGGCGCCGCAGCAGCAACAGCAGCAGCGCUGCAAUGGCUUCCUGCCCGGCAAGGAGGCGGCGGGCGGCGGGCAGCGAGCGGCCCCGGAGGCCGAGGAGAUGCUGGCGGCGGGCGGCGAGCGGCGGGAGGCGCGGCUGGAGACGCGGCUGUCGCGGCGGCGGCUGGCGGUGCUGGCCGUGUUCAGCUGCUACUCGCUGGUGAACGCCUUCCAGUGGAUCCAGUACAGCAUCCUCAGCAACGUCUUCGCCGGCUUCUACGGCGUGUCCUUCACGCAGAUCGACUGGCUGUCCAUGGUGUACAUGGUGGCCUACGUGCCGCUGAUCCUGCCGGCCACCUGGCUGCUGGACGCCCGCGGGCUGCGGCUCACGGCGCUGCUGGGCGCGGGGCUCAACGCGCUGGGUGCCUGGCUCAAGUGCGGCAGCCUGGCCCCGCAGCGCUACCCGCUCACGCUGGCCGCGCAGGCCGUGUGCGCCGUGGCACAGGUCUUCAUCCUGGGGCUGCCCUCCCGCAUCGCCUCCGUCUGGUUCGGCCCCACCGAGGUCUCCACCGCCUGCGCCGUGGCCGUGCUGGGCAACCAGCUUGGUACUGCAAUUGGCUUCUUGCUGCCACCUGUUUUGGUCCCAAAUACACCGAAUGAUAUUGAUCUUAUGGCACACAACAUCAGCAUCAUGUUCUACGGAACAGCGAUAGUGUCCACACUUCUGUUCUUCUUAGCAGGAGUUGUGUUUGAAGAAAAGCCCAAAUACCCUCCCAGUCACUCUCAAGCAGUCCUGCAAACUAAACCUCCUGAGGAUUACUCCUACAAGCAGUCCAUUAUCAACUUGUUCAAAAAUAUUCCAUUUAUACUUUUGCUAAUCAGUUAUGGUAUUAUGACUGGGGCAUUUUACUCUGUCUCCACAUUAUUAAACCAGAUGAUAGUAACUCAUUAUGAGGGAGAAGAAGUGAACGCUGGGAGAAUUGGCUUGACACUGGUGGUGGCAGGAAUGGUGGGUUCGAUUAUUUGUGGUUUGUGGCUGGAUUACACUAAAACAUACAAGCAAACUACUUUGAUUGUUUACAUUCUCUCUUUCAUUGGGUUGCUGGUAUUUACCUUCACCCUGGACCUCGGAUACCUUAUAGUGGUGUUUGUGACUGGAGGAGUGCUUGGGUUCUUCAUGACUGGCUAUCUUCCACUUGGGUUUGAAUUUGCUGUGGAAAUUACAUAUCCAGAGUCUGAAGGCACUUCCUCAGGUCUCCUCAAUGCAUCAGCACAGAUAUUUGGAAUUAUCUUUACACUUGUUCAAGGAAAGCUCACAACAGACUACAGUCCUCGUGCAGGAAACAUCUUUCUUUGUGCUUGGAUUUUUGUGGGCAUUAUUUUAACAGCCUUAAUAAAAUCAGAUUUGCGAAGACACAAUGUGAAUUCAGGGAUUAUGAACUUGGACGUUAAAGCUGUACCAGUUGACAGUCCUGUAGAACCUGAAAGCACUACAUUGAAGAUUCAGUCAGCUUUAUGAAGCUGAAGGAAGGUGACUCAGAAAUGCACAAGUUUGGUUAGAUAUGGAGUGAUAUGAGCUAGUGUAAUCACUGGAUUCGUGUGUAUGAGUAGUGACGUGUUUGUUGAUAUUGGUGGUAGUUGUGUACUGGAAGCUAUGAAAAUGCUCAGUUCAUUUUGCUCAAGAUGCAAAGAAUUCACCUUUGUAUGGAAUAUUUAUUUUAACAUUUUCAAGUCUUGCAGUUUGAUUAGUAAAGAACUGUGUGAACACUCUCCACAGUAGGGAGAUGUGCAUUCAGGAUGCAUACUUGAAAAAAAUCAGGAGUCUUGAAGUACAAUUGUCAUGAUCAGAAGUAUCUAAUAAUCUUUUAUGCUUCAUUCUUGCUGGUGCAUUUGAAAAGUCAAAGAGUAGGGAAGUGCACAGCAGAAGGAUGUUCACGAGUUUGUUUUUUUAUUUUAAAUGUAUCUGUAUUUGAAUAUAAGCCAAUUAUUCCUUCUGGGAAAGUGAUAGCACAAUACUGAAAACGAGAGAUGACGUGUGUGUUUCAUACUGGCAUCUGACAUUUCUUUUGCCUUGAAACUUCUUUAUAGGUAUCAAAAGGCAGAUAAGAGAAAACACUGUUUUUGCUAUAGCUUCAUUGUAGCAUUUCUGGGGAGAUUCAAAAAGUUUCUCACUAGAUAAGUUGGAGACAAAACAUUUCUUAUUAAAUACAGUAAAAAGGAGGACAAAGGCCUUUGAUAUCUCUGCUAUGAAAUAUUUAUAAGCAAUGGAACACUACCACACAAGUUUCCUCCACGGAAUAUUUUGAGUGCUUUCUCAUUUAAAGAGAGAGGAGUACGUGUUUACAAAGAGCCAGUGCCUUUACUUUGUAAAGAAGAUCCCUGCCUCAUCUUGAGUUUAAUCAGUGCUGCUGAAGAAAUUCCAUUUUGUGUGUUAAACCUCUGAAUAUUUGUGGAGUAUAAGAAAAUGUGUUCUGUCCUUUUCAUGAAUUGUAUCACUUGUCUCGUGUGAAAUUCCUGUGCUUGUGUAACUGAAAUCAUGUCUUUUACAGUUAGUGAAAAGCUGUAAGGAUGACUGAAAAGAAAAUAGUGAUAUUUUCACUAUUUCUGAUCAAAUAUUUUCUUUUAUAUCAUUUUAGCUGCAAAAUGAGCAGACAUUAUGAACAGUAACUUUUUGUUACUUCAUUUUUCUGUAUUUGGGAUGGGGUUUUUUUAGUUCAGUGUUUUUGAAAAUUUUCUCCUUUACCUUGUACUCUAUCUGUAGAGUAUAGAUAGAACUGAUAGCACUACAAUAAUACUGUUGUUUGGAAAAUCAGACCUGGGUCAGUGGACUUUUUGGAAAUAUUUAAUUUUUAGCUCAGCACAGUGAGCCUGCAAGUUCAGUGGCAUCAGUGCUGCUGUGUCUCUGAGUUCCCAGAGUUGCAGUGCCAUCCAGAAGGUGCAAUCCUGCUCAAGUUUUCCACAGGUUGUUACAGCUGGGGAUGGGGAAUUAUUUAACUCUGUGCUGGUUUCAGCUGGGCUGGUUAAUUUUCUUCGCAGUGGCUGGCACAGGGCUGUGCUUUGGAUUUGUGCUGAACGCAGGGCUGAUAAUACAGAGAUGUUUUGUCCUUGCUGAGCAGGGCUUACACAGAGCCAAGACCUUUUCUGCUUUUCAUACGUCAGAAAAAGUGAGGAAGUUGGGAGUGCCUGGGAUGUUGGGAGGAGACACAGCCAGGACAGCUGACCCCAGCUGACCAAAGGGAUAUUCCAGACCAUGGGACAUCAUGUUCAGUGAUGUCUGGGGGCAGAAGGGGGAAGGGAGGGAUGUUUGGAGUGAUGGUAUUUUCUUCCCAAGCAGCCAUUGCACUUGCUGGGGAUGGCUGAGCACCUGCCUGCCCAUGGGAAGCAGUGAAUUAAUUCCUUGUUUUUCUUUGCUUGUGUGUGUGGCUUCUGCUUCCCCCAUGAAGCUGUCUUUAUCUUAUCCCAUGAGUUUUCCAGCUUUUACCCUUCUGGUUCCAUCCUCAAUCCCACUGCUGGGGAAGGGAGUGAGCAAGGGGCUGCCUGGGGCUUGGUGGAUGGCUGGGGUUAAACAACAACAAACUCCAAGAUAGUCUCUAAGUACAAUAAAUAUAAUUAAAAGCUUUUCUUUUUCUUAUUUCACUGUAGACUCAGGAAAAUUCUUUUGUAAAAAGAGGGCCCUGAAGGCUUAUCUUUCUAAGAUUAGCCUCUAAAUAUGAUGAUCUUGAUUUAAACAUUUUGUAUGAUAAAUGCUUUGGACAGGGGAAGACCUAUCAGAAUAAACUAAGCAUGCUUGGAACAUUUGCCUUGCCAAAAAGGGUUCAUGUCUCUUUGCCAGGCCCAGUGCUAGGGAGAAAAUGGCCAGGCCUUGCUGCUGCUGAGGAGGUGAACUCCAGAAAUUCCACUGCUGAAACAACUGAAUGUAGGAAAAGUCACUCUUGGCUAUUCAAAUGGCAGGCAAGGGUAUAGGAGUGAAAGGAGAGAUGUUUUCAUUGUGUCAUAAAAGACAUAAAUGAAAUGAAAGUAGAUAUGCUUACAUUAUAUCAUGAAAGAGAUGCUUUCAUUAUUCAUUUACAUUGAAGCUGCCCCAUCAAGGGAUGUACAGGUUUUCAGCCUGAGUGAGAAAAGUGAAAGUUUCUGCCUUGUGGCAUAUGUGGGUGGCUUUUCCCCUUGGAAAAAUGAUAAUAACAUGUGCCAAAAUAUAUAUAUGUUUUUCAUCAAGAUACAGAUACAGAAAAUAUUUAUGUUCAUGGCCCAUGCAUGGUUGCUUUGACUUUUGAUGUUGCAAAAUCUUAACAAGGUAAUAUUUUUGUAGUUUUGGGGAAUUGUUUUCAAAUGUCCAGUAGAAAGUCUUUGCCAGUAUCCAGGAUGUUUGCUGACCUGUUCAGUAUACACUGUUCAAAAUAAAGGAUUGAGGGUUUUUGUUCUAUUCUUAAAAUUUAUUUUUUCAAUUUCUUUCUUCACUGCUAGUUUCCAGUUUCUUCAGUUAUAUUCAACUGAUUAUUGAAAAAAUAUCCUAGUUCUGGCUCCUUGUGUUUUUUUAUCUUCUGCCAAAGAUACUUGGCUACCUUCUGAAAAGGUUGAAAGAAGAUUUUGGCUGACUGGAAACCCUGCUGGGUCCCUGAAAAGAAAAUAUUCCUAAUAAUGAAGGCAUAAUUACAUCCUGGAUUUAAUAUUUCCCUUCUAAAAGGAGCUUGGAAGUUGGAAAUCUAUGAGCUAUUUUCAGGCAAUGAUAAAGUAUUUAAAUAUAAGGCUCAGCAGCAGAAUAAAGAGCAAAUAAAGAACAAAUCAGUAUUUUUUAUGCAAUAGUCUUAUCAUCUGUCAAGAAAUUGAGGUUCUAGCUCAUGGCAGAAAUAAAUUUGGAGUAGUUGAGGCUUUGUGAUUUUUGCUUUUAAUUUUUAAUUUCUGGGUUUUAGCAGAAAACAUCCACUCAAUCAAACAUAGAAUCACAGAAUGUUAAGAGGUGUGAAGGGACCUUAAAGACCAUCUGGUCCCAACCCUCCUGCCAUGGGCAGGGACACCUCCCACUAGACCAGGCUGCUCCAGGCUCUAUCCAGCCUGGCCUUGGACACUGCCGGGUUGGGGUGUCCACAACCUGCCUGGGCAGCCUGUUCCAGUGCCUUACCAUCCUCACAGUAACAAAUCUAUUCCUGAUACCUAAAUUAAACUCCCUCUCUUUCUGUUUGUACCGAUUUCCUCUUGUCCUAUCACUACAAUUCCUGACCGAGUCCCUCCUACUUCCCUGUAGUCUCUCUUCAGAUAAUGGAAGGUUGCUAUGAGUUUUCCAUGCAACCUUCUUAGCCUGGAAAUUCCACAUGCAUCUGGAAUUGCAAAUAGAGGGGUUCUGACUCUUAGCCUUCAGAUCCUGCCUCAGUCCCCCAGCAAGAGUAGAGGUGGGGACUAAAAAUCCUAGCUGCUUAAAAAAAGUAUCAUGAAUGGAAUUGCACAUCAGCUAGGAGAGGAUGGUGCAAGAAACCAAGUGAGAACAGGCAUCCCAGUCCCAUGCAUCAGCUUCUGCUUUUCAAUUUGCUUUUUUUCUGAGUGUUUCAGGAGAGCUCUGGAGGAUGCAAGAGAACACACACAAGGCACACAGUAGGGAGCAUAAACAAGGGGACUGCCCCCCAGUAACAUCUCUUUCUGUUGCUAAAUGCCCAAGGUUUGUGAGGAAGAAAGAACAAGGGAGGAAGUAGCAACAAUACAUAGGAAUAAUUUCAGAUUAAUAGUGAUGCCUUGAGAGGGUACCUAGAACAGAGGCUAGACAGUGUAAAAGGAAUAAAGUAGGUAUUUGUUAAAAAGGCCUUCAAAGGAAACGCGUUGGGCAGUACAAGAGCCCAGCCAGGGCUACACCCAAGAUGGGUGAUGGGUCACACAUUUUCACACUUUUGUAAGUUUUGGUCCAUUUACAUAUUGGGGUUAAUUGUCCAGUUACAGCUUCAGGUUAUGAAAUCCCAUCCUCCCAGAUUGCUCUCCUCAGUUAUCUGUUUUGAGCCCAAAACUGCAAUGGUGUCCUUGGUUCUCAGGCUGGAAAAGGAUUGUUUUGUCAAAGUCAACUGUGAAGAGAAUUUGCUGACACUUCGUAUGAACUUCACAGUUAUACACUAAUGCAGUAUAGAAUCUGGAAAAUAUGAAAGCUAAAACUUAAGGCAUCAAUAGGACUUUUCUAACUUCAGCCUCUUGGUUAUCUCUUUUGUUCAAGGCAGUCUGUUGUUUCAGAGACAAUCAGUGGAAUGUGUAAUUCGAGCUGCCAACCUAUAUUGCCUAAUGGAAAAAAAGUUUUUUGAGAAAUAUUUGUACUACCUUGUGCAUCUACAACCAAGUGAAAUUUGGUUGAGAUGUAAUUGUUUUCCUUUUCCAUUUUGUGAACUCACUAGUUUUUCUGUGUGAAUGGGAGUGUGUGACCUUUACAGUUGCUGUCUUUCAAUACAUAUAUGUACAAUCCCAAGUGUUACAGGCUAUUGAUGUUUCAUGGAGCACAAGCUGUCAUUGUACACAAUAAUGUGUGAUUGUCCUAGCCCCACCAUUCGGUCUGAAUUCUGUGAAGAAGGAAGAAGUGAUGUUAAUGCAGGAACUGGAAUGAAUUAAGCAAAAAAAUUUCCUAAGAGAAAUGUAUUUCUGUGUAAGACCCAUGUUGUUUACUGCUUAUGCCUUUGUUCUACUCAUUAAGAUAACAAAUGUGUUUUACUGUAAUAUUUUGGUUUUGUUAAUGUCCAAUUCUUUAUUUCAAGAGAAAAUUAAAAGUUCUUAAUGAAUAUUCUCUGAUUGCAAUACUGUAUGUAUGUGUAUAUGUGGAUGGCAGCAUUCCUUAUCAUUCUAUGUUACUAAUAAAGUAACAUAGAAUGAUAAGGAAUGAUGCCAUCCACAUAUACACAUAUGUGUAUAUAUGGAUGUAAUAUAUAUAAAGUGUAUAAUGCCUAAAUUGAUUGGAGCCAAGAGUAACAUUUUUGACAGCUGGUAAUACAGAUACUAAUCUAAAAAUGAUUAUUUUUUUCCUUAGAACCUGCCUUUUAAUGUAGGAAAAUGUGUAAGUGUAUGACUUACUGUGUCAUUAAUAAACAUACAUGUACAUGCAAAGUA